ACUCCUAGUGGAAAAGACAAGCAGGGCAUGGGUUGGCUCUGGAUUCAGAAAGCAGCUGCUGAUUAGAUUCUGUGUCUGCGGGCUGAAUUUAUUCCGUGUUUCCAGCAGGAAUUCAAGAGGGAUGCUUCUGUUUGGGUUUCUGAUCGUGAUUUAUAUUUAUUCAGAGGAAUAACAGAGGGUGGAUCUGUUCCCGGUGCGAGCAUGCUCACCACCAGCCGACUCUCCCAUUAUCCCCCUGCCUAGUUUGGUGCUCCAGUGUACACGAGUAUUUCGUGUGCAUAUGUAUGUAUACAAACACGCAUGCACGCCUGGACGGACAGACAUAUGCACAGGUUAUUUCUUAAGGACAAUUCCUUCAAUAAGGUCUCUACCCCUUACUUGAAACAGGUGUUUAUGAAAAAAAAAUGCACAAUAUCCCGACUGACCGGAAUAAUUGAUGAAGAAGGGUGCUGGAUCCGUGGGUCAGAGAACACACAGGACCAGCUUGCUACCCCAAGGCCAAAGGCCUCCCUCCGACACAGCCUGGAAGCUCUUCAGAAGCCCUGGCCUAGCUUGACCAUGACACCACAGCGAGCUCCCGAUAGGAUCAGAGGCACACACCAAGCUGCCUCGAAGUAGCUCAUGGAAGACUCCCACGAGCCACUGGCCGGGCACGUUGUCCCUUCCUCGGGGAGGAGCAGGGUGUGAGCAGAGGCACCGCAGCAGGAGUGGACAUGAACGCUGGCUUCCAGAGAGAGCAGCGGUUCAGUUUUGGUCAUCGGAAGUGGUGCCUGCAGCGUAGAAGACCGUGAUUUCUCCUCUGAACCUGUUAAUCUCCAAUAGAGAACUCAAGGGGAGAAGAGGCCAGAGCCGAGCUGCCCUAGCAUCCCAGUGUGGUACCUCUCCAGCCAGGACCAGAGAUGACAGGACAGAUGUCUCCAACUUUCAGCUGUUCACACAGCACGCAGGGGACUCAUGGGAGCCACUUGUCACUGCCAAUCAAACCCACUCAAUGGCAAUACUGACAUCUUUCAUGCUGUUUUCAAGACAGACACUCAGGCAGAAAAUGCCAGUGUGCUUCCUGUCUGCAGAGUAGAGGGCCAUGCCACACCAAUAUGAACAGUGUGGACCCCAGGAUCUGCUCUGAGUCCACUUGCAGCCACUGACACUUGGAGAGGAAAAAAAAAAAGUCCAACCCCCAAAGCCAUCGUGGGGUUGGCUUCCACAGCUCUUGUCCAAUGUGGCCAAAGCUAAACACCUCGAGACUCUUGGAUUAUUCAUAAAUGCGACCCGCCCCAAACUCCCUGAGUAGCAUCUGAAGUCUCGUGAAGGUCAUGGAUCCGGAACAAAGCGUCAAGUGCACCAAGAAGGCUGAUGGAAGUCCCCGUAAGCGGCUGACCAAAGGAGAAGCCAUUCAGACUAGUGUUUCUUCCAGCGUCCCGUAUCCAGGCAGCAGCACCAGUGCUCCCUCAGAGAGUGCCACCCAGGAGCUCCUAACCCCGCAGCCUUUCUCGGGCCCCUCGGUGGUUCUUAGAGAAGGCUCUCAGGAGAAAACCGGCCAGCAGCAGAAGCCUCCCCGGAGGCCCUCCAUCGAGGCCUCAGUCCACAUCUCGCAGUUUCCACAGCACCCUCUGACACCAGCAUUCAUGUCCCCUGGCAAACCAGAGCAUCUCCUAGAGGGGUCUACGUGGCAGCUGGUUGACCCCAUGAGACCUGGACCCUCAGGCUCCUUUGUGGCCCCUGGGCUGCAUCCGCAGGGCCAGCUCAUCCCAUCCCAUGCUUCCAUCCUUCCUCCCGAGGACCUGCCUGGCAUCCCUAAGGUCUUUGUGCCCCGUCCCUCCCAGGUCUCCCUGAAGCCCACAGAAGAGGCACAUAAGAAAGAGAGGAAACCACAGAAGCCAGGGAAGUAUAUCUGCCAGUACUGCAGCCGGCCCUGUGCCAAGCCCAGUGUGCUCCAGAAGCACAUUCGCUCCCACACGGGCGAGAGGCCCUACCCCUGCGGCCCCUGUGGCUUCUCCUUCAAAACCAAGAGUAACCUUUAUAAGCACAGGAAGUCCCAUGCCCACCGCAUCAAAGCCGGUCUGGCUUCCGGCUCCGGCAGUGAGAUGUACCCACCUGGGCUGGAGAUGGAGAGGAUCCCUGGGGAAGAGUUCGAGGAGCCUACCGAAGGAGAAAGCACAGACUCCGAGGAGGAAACCGGUACCACAUCAGGUCCCCCCACAGAGGUUCUCCCCAAAUCUAAGCACCCCCUGCUCUCAAGUGGCUUAUACAGCUCCGGGAGCCACAGUUCCAGCCAGGAACGCUGCUCUCUGUCCCAGUCAAGCACUGCACCAUCGCUUGAGGACCCCACCCCGUUUGCAGAAGCCUCAUCGGAGCAUCCCCUGACCCAUAAACCCGAGGACACACACACCAUCAAGCAGAAGCUGGCGCUCCGCCUGAGUGAGAGGAAGAAGCUGAUUGAGGAGCAGACGUUCCUGAGCCCAGGGAGCAAAGGCAGCACGGAGUCUGGGUACUUCUCACGCUCGGAGAGCGCCGAGCAGCAGGUCAGCCCCCCUAACACCAAUGCCAAGUCCUACGCAGAGAUCAUCUUUGGCAAGUGUGGGCGGAUCGGGCAGCGGACUUCCAUGCUGGCACCCACCUCCACCCAGCCCCUACUGCCCCUGUCCGCUGAAGACAAGCCCAGCUUGGUGCCCCUGUCUGUACCCCGGACACAGGUGAUCGAACACAUCACAAAGCUCAUCACCAUCAAUGAGGCUGUGGUGGACACCAGUGAGAUUGACAGUGUGAAGCCCAGGAGGAGUUCUCUGACCAGGCGCAGCAGCGUGGAGUCCCCGAAAUCCAGCCUCUACCGGGAGUCACUAUCAUCCCAUGGGGAGAAGACAAAGCCGGAACAAUCGCUGUUGAGCCUCCAGCACCCGCCCAGCUCCACGCACCCUGUGCCUCUCCUGAGAAGCCACUCAAUGCCUUCCGCAGCCUGCACCAUCAGCACCCCCCACCAUACCUUCCGGGGGAGCUACUCCUUCGACGACCACAUUGCUGACCCCGAAACCCCCAGCCGCAGCAGUCCCAUGUUUACCUCCCACCCGCGGAUGCUGAAACGCCAGCCAGCCAUUGAACUACCUUUGGGAGGUGAGUACAGUUCCGAGGAGCCUGGACCAAGCAGCAAAGACCCCUCCUCCAAGCCCUCUGACGACCCAGAAUCCAAGGAAAGCGACCUUACCAAAAAGACCAAGAAGGGGCUGAAAACAAAAGGCGUGAGCUAUGAAUGUACCAUCUGUGGUGCUCGGUACAAAAAGAGAGAUAAUUAUGAAGCUCAUAAGAAGUACUACUGCUCUGAGCUCCAAAUCACAAAAGCCCACUCUGCAGGUGCUCAUGAAGUGGAAAAGACUCAGGCUGAGCCUGAGCCCUGGUCCCAGAUGAUGCAUUAUAAACUAGGGGCCACCUUGGAACUCACUCCAUUGAGAAAAAGACGGAAGGAGAAGAGCCUUGGGGAUGAGGAGGAGCCACCUGCCUUUGGCAGCCCUGGCCCAUCAGACCCAGCUCGUAUCCUGCCCUUGGAGUCCGCCAAGUCACCAGCAGAACCAAGCAAAUCAGUUCCCUCCUUAGAGGGACCCACAAGCUUCCAGCCAAGGACUCCCAAGCCAGGGACUGGAUCAGAACCAGGGAAGGAGAGGAGAAAAAUGUCCAAAGAAAUUUCUGUCAUCCAGCACACCAGCUCCUUUGAGAAGUCUGACCCUCUGGAGCAGCCGAGCAGCCUGGAAGAAGAAAAGCCCGUGGCCCAGUUCUCAUCCCCACCACCUGCCCCCCAUGGACGCUCAGCUCACUCCCUGCAGCCGAGGUUGGUCCGCCAGCCCAACAUUCAGGUUCCAGAGAUCCUGGUGACAGAAGAGCCGGACAGGCCGGACACGGAGCCCGAGCCACCCCCAAAGGAGCCCGAGAAGACAGAGGAAUUCCAGUGGCCCCAGCGCAGCCAGACGCUGGCACAGCUCCCAGCAGAGAAGCUGCCACCCAAGAAAAAGAGACUCCGCUUGGCCGAGAUGGCACAGUCCUCGGGGGAGUCCAGCUUUGAGUCCUCCGUGCCUCUGUCUCGAAGCCCGAGCCAGGAGAGCAGCAUCUCUCUGAGUGGUUCCAGCCGCUCGGCUUCCUUCGACAGGGAGGAUCACGGAAAAGCUGACGCCCCUGGGCCCUCGUCAGACACACGCCCCAAACCCCUGGGCACCCACAUGCUGACUGUCCCCAGCCACCACCCACACGCCCGAGAGAUGCGGAGGUCAGCUUCAGAGCAGAGUCCCAACGUGCCCCACUCCUCACACAUGACUGAGACCCGAAGCAAAUCCUUUGACUAUGGCAGCUUGUCCCCGACAGGACCCUCUGUAACAGUGCCCGCAGCUCCGCCGCCCCCGGCCGCUCCACCAGGAAGAAGGAAAUGCUUUCUGGUGAGACAGGCCUCCCUCAGCAGACCUCCAGAAGCAGAGCUGGAGGCCACCCCUAAGGGAAAACCAGAGAGCAGCGAGGAGCCCUCAGCCAGCAAGCCUCCCACCAAAAGCUCCGUGCCCCAGAUCUCCGUGACUACCGUACAAGGUGGGCCCUCAGAAGGCAAGAGCCAGAUACAGGACCGGCCCCCGCUGGGGUCCAGCCCACCCUACACAGAGGCCCUGCAAGUGUUCCGACCUCCUGGCACCCAGCCGCCCCCACCGGUCUCCCUCUUCUCCUUGCAGCACCUCUUGCCUCAGGAGCCAGAACAGUCCUCGGAGUUCUUCCCCACUCAGGCAAUGGCCAGCCUCCUCUCCUCGCCGUACUCCAUGCCCCCCCUCGCACCUUCCUUGUUCCAAACUCCACCACUUCCGCUGCAGCCUACUGUGCUACACCCCAGCCAGCUCCAUCUCCCCCAGCUCCUGCCUCACCCUGCAGAUAUCCCCUUCCGGCAGCCCCCCUCUUUCCUCCCCAUGCCAUGCCCUGCCUCCUCAGCCCUCUCUGGAUAUUUCCUGCCUCUACAAUCCCAGUUUGCAUUGCAGCUCCCUGGUGAACUAGAAAGCCACUUGCCCCCAAUCAAAACCAGCCUGGCCCCUCUGGCAACAGGACCUUCUGGCCCCUCCAGCAGCACAGAGUAUAGCAGUGACAUCCAGCUGCCCCCUGUGACUCCCCCAGCUACCUCCCCAGCUCCCACAUCAGCCCCAACAUUGGCCCUGCCUGCCUGUCCAGAUGCUAUGGUGUCACUGGUUGUUCCCGUCCGCAUCCAGACUCACAUGCCGUCCUACGGGAGCGCCAUGUACACCACCUUGUCUCAGAUCUUGGUCACACAGUCUCAAGGCAGCUCAGCAAGUAUGGCUCUUACCAAGUAUGAGGAACCUUCCUCCAAAGGGAUGACUGUGUGGGGGGCUGAUGUAUAUGAGGCUGGGCCUGGACCAUCUAGCAUAAGCAAGGAGCAAAGCAGAGGUUUCCAGACACCAUAUCUGAGAGUGCCUGAGAGGAAAGGCACAUCACUGUCCUCGGAGGGUACCCUGAGCCUGGAGGGGUGCUCAUCCACAGCCGGUGGAAGCAAGCGUGUCCUCUCUCCUGCUGGCAGUCUUGAACUUACCAUGGAAACCCAGCAGCAGAAAAGAGUAAAAGAGGAGGAGGCUUCCAAGGCAGAUGAGAAACUGGAGCUGGUGAGCACCUGCAGUGUGGUGCUGACCAGCACAGAGGACAGGAAGAGGACAGAGAAGCCCUAUGCGGGCAGCCAAGGCCAGAGCAGGAGGGAGGCAGAAACACUGUCCAGCUUGCCUUCAGAUCCAUCCGACCCAAAAGAGCUUUCUCCCCUCUCUCAUCCCACAUUGCCCCAUGGGACAGCCCCAGGCUCAGAAGCUUUGAAAGAAUAUGCUCAACCAUCUAGCAAAGCUCACCGAAGAGGGCUGCCUCCACUGAGUAUAAAGAAAGAAGAUCCAAAGGAACAGCCUGACCUCCCUCCCCUGGCACCCCCUAGCUCUCUGCCUCUGUCGGACACUUCCCCCAAACCAGCCAAAUUGCAAGAAGGUACGGACUCUAAGAAGGUACUGCAGUUCCCCAGCCUCCACACGACCACUAAUGUCAGUUGGUGCUAUUUAAACUACAUUAAGCCAAAUCACAUCCAGCAUGCAGAUAGGAGGUCCUCUGUUUACGCUGGUUGGUGCAUAAGUUUGUACAACCCCAACCUUCCAGGGGUUUCCACUAAAGCUGCUUUGUCCCUUCUGAGAUCUAAGCAGAAAGUGAGCAAAGAGACAUACACCAUGGCCACAGCUCCGCAUCCUGAGGCAGGAAGGCUGGUGCCAUCCAGCUCCCGAAAGCCCCGCAUGACAGAGGUGCACCUCCCGUCACUGCUUUCCCCAGAGAGCCAGAAAGAUCCAGCUAGAGUGGAGAAGGAAGAAAAGCAAGGGAAGGCAGAGGAGGGCACUCCCACUUCCAAGAGAGGAGAGCCAGCGAGGGUCAAGAUCUUCGAAGGAGGGUACAAAUCAAAUGAAGAGUAUAUAUAUGUUCGAGGCCGCGGCCGAGGGAAAUAUGUUUGUGAGGAAUGUGGAAUUCGCUGCAAGAAACCCAGCAUGCUGAAGAAGCACAUCCGUACCCACACUGACGUCCGGCCCUAUGUGUGCAAGCACUGUCACUUUGCUUUUAAAACCAAAGGGAAUCUGACUAAGCACAUGAAGUCGAAAGCCCACAGCAAAAAGUGCCAAGAGACGGGGGUGCUGGAGGAGCUGGAAGCCGAGGAAGGAACCAGUGAUGACCUGCUCCAGGACUCAGAGGGGCAAGAGGGCUCCGAGGCUGUGGAGGAGCACCAGUUUUCAGACCUGGAGGAUUCUGAUUCCGACUCAGACCUGGAUGAAGAUGAGGAGGAGGAGGAGGAAGAAGAGAGCCAGGAUGAGCUGCCCAGGCCAUCCUCAGUGGCAGCUCCACUCUGCCCACCAACCACACUACAGGAGGACUCCUCACCCAUUCAGGGCCCUCAGCCUCCAGUUACCACCUCUGAGGAGGUCCCACAAGGAAGCUCCAUCUCAGAAGCCACACGCUUGGCAGCCAGCAGUUGUUCCCCACCCAGCCGGGGUACCCCAGGCCUUCCCCGGCUGGAACUGGCCCCAGUGGAAACAGACGUGAGCUCAGCUCUGAGUUCCAAGGCUAUGUCCCCUAGGAGGCCAUGGUCCCCAAGCAAAGAGGCAGGCGGCCACCCCUCACUCACUCGCAAACAUUCACUCAACAAAAAUGACUCGUCUCCCCCGCGAUGUUCACCGGCCCGAGAAGCGCAGGCCUCAGUCACAAGCACACCUGACCCCCAGAUGGGCCCAAGAAGGGACAUGGGCCCUCGUCUUUGUGGGUCUCCAAGACUGGAGCUGUCUCCUCUCACUCCCCACCCCAUAGAAAGAGAAGUGCCCCCUUGGGCACCUCUGCCCCCUGGACUCAAGAGUGCCACAGACACAGGCGCCCCCAGAUAUUCACCCACCAGGAGAUGGUCUCUGGGCCAGGCUGAGUUACCACCACAGUCAGUCCUGCCAGGGAAGUGGGCCCUGGCUGGGCCCUGUAGCCCCUCAGUGGGCAAAUGUAGCCUGGGCUUGGGGCCGGUUCCACGGGCUCUCCUCCAGCCCGUGCCUCUACCUCACACACUUCUCAGCAGAAGCCCUGAAAUGUGCACCUCUGCAUGGCAGAAGACUGAGUCUCGAAGUCCAUCAGCUGGCCCUGUGCCUCUCUUCCCCCGACCAUUCUCCGCCCCUCAUGACUUCCACGGCCACCUCCCUAGCCGAAGUGAGGAGAACCUCUUCAGUCACCUGCCCCUGCACUCCCAGCACCUGAGCCGCGCCCCCUGCCCCCUCAUUCCGAUUGGUGGGAUCCAGAUGGUACAGGCCCGGCCAGGAGCCCACCCCACCCUGCUGCCAGGGGCCUGUGCAGCCUGGGUCAGUGGCUUCUCAGGGGGUGGCAGUGACCUAACUGGGGCCCGAGAAGCCCAGGAGCGCAGCCGCUGGAGCCCCACGGAGAGCCCAUCAGCAUCGGUGUCCCCUGUGGCCAAGGUCUCCAAGUUUACACUCUCUUCAGAGCUGGAGGAGGAAAGGACCGGCAGAGGCCCAGGAAGACCUCCCGACUGGGAACCUCGGAGGGCUGAAGCCCCUGCAGAACCCAUGGGCACACACAGCCCCUGCUCCCCACAGCUGCCCCAGGGCCACCAGGUAGCACCAUCCUGGAGCACCCUCUUGGAGUUACCACACCCGUUGGCCAGCCGCAAGGCCUCAAACUUCCCACCACUGGACCGCAGCAGCUCCAUGGAGUGCCUGGCAGGGGCCUCCACUCACUUCCCAGCCCGGAGCAGGAACCUCUCUGGGGAACCCAGGACCCGUCAAGGCUCCCCUGAGCUCUUAGGUAGUCGGGAGCCCAGGACACCUCUACUCCUGCCCAAAGACAGUGGCCCCCCAAGCACUUAACCUCUCCAGCCACUUCAUCUGGCUUCCAGUGUUCGGCAGCAGACAUUUCCAGCCAACUCCCUGGCGUCACCUUGCUCCCAUGGGCGUCCUCUCCCCUCUGUCCGUCUGUCCACACAGCGCCUGCUCAGCCCCGUCUGUUCUAUCGCUCCACCUGUGCAGUUAGUUACCUGUGCCUUUUUCUAGACCUCCUGUUGCUCGAGAUGAAAAGAAACAACACAGAUCACACACAUCCAUGAAAAGAGCCACCCAUGAGGAGCUCGAGGCUGGGACUAGUUUGUGCUUUGGGGACAAGGCUGUCGGAGGGGCCUCUUCACCUCCACUCCACACUCCACACUGGCAGCCGUCCCCACCAAGGCCCGUGAGAAGCUGCACUGCACCGAGGGAGAGAAGAGCUGGGGAGGAAAAGAAGGUAACCCAACUCAAAGGCAAGCAGCCCUGCAGACAGAUCCCUGCAGACACAUUUCCAUGCAGACACCCAGCUAGUGGCCACUCCUGUCUGUCAGCAGAAUGACAAGAAGCCCGAGCCAGAAAACCACCACACAGGCAGGCACCAACCCCACCACUCCCCGCCCGCCCCGGCUAAGAACAGUAACUUUUAUUUUUUGCAAGAAUCAGGACAAAAAGCUACUUUUUUGCUAGCAUCUCUAUUACAGAAUAAUAGCGUGAGGGAAAUGUAGUGUGGACUGUGGGCCUCACCUUCUCCCCUGUACUCCACCUUCCCCCAGGGCUAAUACAGGAGCCCAGGUUUCUCCUACACACCUGUAGGUCUCUGCUUCCUAGGCCUGGCCGUAGACUGGCUCCUCUGUGUUUAGAAAUAAAUACCUGUGGGAUGAAAGGACCAUGGCAAGACUAGGGAUGUUCCUAGUGUGGGCCUGCUCUGAGCCUGGGGUGGAUGCUGUUUCACCUCUGUCCCCGAGGAACAAAGUGUGGCACUUCCUUCCUGGCUGGAUUACAUAUGAGUCCAUAGAGCACACAUAGCAACCAAAGAUGGUGUUUGGUACGUUCUCCAGGCUCUUCAGAUUCUCUUCUCUUGACUGAGAAGAUUUCUGAAUUGUCCCGAGUCAUUUGAAUUUUUCUCCAGUUCCCAAGGCAAAAACCUGCUUUGAAAAAAAAAAAAUAAUAAUAAUAUGACCAAAAAUUUAAAUCCCAUGUUGAAAUAUAGAACUUGACCUGUUGAAUGCAAAACAAAACAAAACAAAAAAACAAGUCCUCUGUAGCACAGGAUCUAUUUCUAAGACCGUACAGAAAUUUCCUUUACUUUCUCCAGAGGAUAGAGAAAAGGGACCAUGGUGAGGAGGCCCCUCUGACAGCCUUGUCCCCAAAUCAUAAAGCAUGUUCCAGCCAUGUUGGAUACUACUGUCACUGUAGUCAAAGCAGAAGCCUUUCCUUGGACAUCAGGCAGGGUAUGUGGCUGAAGGCUCAUGGGAGGGCUGGACUGCUGAAGCUGUUCUCUGAGAAGACAGAGACAAGGCUCACCACCCCUCUCCCUCCCUCCAGUUGGUGCCCAUCUGUGCAUGGUCCCUGCUGGAUGAGCAAACCAGCCAGUCACAGGCCCAGUGCCCAGUCCAGUCACCUGAUUCAUCCUCUUUGCCUGCCUGACUCAGUACUUCAAAAGUAAGAGUCUGUAGGGCAGGGCCUCCUGUGCUGUGUGCUGUGCCGCAGGGGGUCAUGGGUACCAGACUGACAGCCUUCAGAUGGGUGACGGCUCUAAGUCUGCCCACCGGGAGAAACUGUCAAGUCCAGGCUGGGACACCGGGAGGAAAAGAGCAGAAGCCUCUGCGGUGGUCAGCCCAGGCUGGAGGUCACAGCUUUCCUCCCUCUGGCCCCUCAGCCCUAACCCACAGGCCCCACAGGCUGGAGAUACUAAGGCCUGAGAUGAGGAGUUGGACAAAGAGCAUUGUCUCAACCAGGCUUGAAGGCUUCCUAGGCAAGAUCUCCUGGCCACAGACUGCAGGCUAGCUCCUGACCUUGAGAUACCACCUCUCUCUACUUCACUCUAUACCCAAAAUCUCCUGGGAAGUACUCUCCUGACUCAGCUCCCUCUCCUCUCCUCUCCUCUCCUCUCCUCUCCUCUCCUCUCCUCUCCUCUCCUCUC